AGAAGAGAGGAAAAGUUUCAGUAGAAAAAAAAGCAGGAGUCUGUGAAUUCUGACAUUUCUUCUGGACUUGAAGCGACCAAUGUGGCUGCUCGGAUCUGCAUCCCAAAUGAUGAUGAUGAUGGAUGAGCGCGUCUCUCCCUCCGCACGUUCCGUGCAGAGCCCGGGAACCAACCCGUCCACCGUCCACAGCAUCGAGGCCAUCCUGGGCUUCAAAGAGGACACCAUCUUCCACCAGUCAGCCUCUUACACCGGGACACAGAAAGACCCGGACCGCAGCGGGAAUGUUACUGUGACCCAGAGGAAGAAAAGUCAUUACACUGACAGUUGUGACACAGGUGUGUGCACCGGCGAAGCUUCCGCAGGUCCGGACUCACCGGACAGAGACGGCAAGCUGUCCGACGACGAGAACCAGAAAAAGAAACACCGCCGGAACCGAACCACCUUCACCACCUUCCAGCUCCACGAACUGGAGCGGGCCUUCGAGAAGUCCCACUACCCGGACGUGUACAGCAGAGAGGAGCUGGCCCUAAAGGUCAACCUACCGGAGGUCCGAGUGCAGGUGUGGUUUCAAAACCGACGAGCCAAGUGGCGUCGUCAGGAGAAGCUGGAGGUGAGCGCCACCAAGCUGCAGGACACUCCUUCCCCCUCUCUUCUUUCUUUUGGCCGAUCCACCACCAGCUCCCUGGGCUCCGGGCUGCCGCUGGAGCCCUGGCUCUCCACCCCUAUCACAUCUUCGGCCCCUCUGCAGUCGCUGCCGGGCUUCAUCAGCGGCUCACAGACCCUACCAGGGGCCUACGCUCCCUCUCCUCCCCCAUCCAUGCCUCCUUCCUUACCAGCGUCAAUAUUCAACUCCCCAGCCCUGGGACACAGUCCUCACCUUUCCCAUAUCAGUUCUAUGUGCUCCCUGCCACCCACAUACCAGUGCUCAGCCAACCCCAGGAACUCCAGUAUAGCCUCACUGAGGAUGAAAGCCAAGGAGCACAUUCAGUCUAUUGGGAAGACGUGGUGAUGCCAAACGAAGGGUUAAGAUGGACAUGCACAUCCAGAAGACGGUGAUUUGAAAAGAUUUUAAUUUUCUGCAGAUCGGAUUGUAAAAUUCUGGACACCCGGACAUCCCAAUGCCAAGGAAAAAAACGGUCAAAAUCCUGAUAAUCGAUACAUAAGUUCCUGAAACAAUGUAAAAAAAAAAAAAGUUCAGUGACUUUAAAUCAUAA